AUGGCGGUGGCGCUUCUCGCGGUGGCAGGUCUGGCCUUCGCAGGCAUCGGCGGAGUUUGGGACGUGACCAUGGACACCCUGAGCCAGAGCAGGGCCUUCGAGUCGGUCCUGCGGCCCUUCCUGGACACCAUGCAGACCAUGCCGAUCUUCGUUUACCUGAUUCCGGUCAUAAUGCUCUGGGCCCUCGGCAUCAAGGAAGUGCCGGCACAGGUGAUCGAGACGGCCCAGGCCCAUGGCUCGACCGGCCUUCAGACCAUGCUUCAGGUCAAGAUACCCCUAGCAUUCCCGACGAUAAUGAUGGGUGUCAACCAGACCAUCAUCAUGGUGUUCGCCAUGGUGAUCAUCGCCGGGCUUGUGGGCGGUGGGGGCCUGGGACAGGAAGUCUUCAUAAAUUCCAUCUGGCUAAGGAUGGGCGAUGGCCUGAUUGCCGGGAUGACCAUCGUCUUCAUGGCGAUGGUGCUUGACCGCAUGACCAGGGGCAAACAGGCGCUGCGAAUGCCUCUUGCGGCACUGAGGUAG